UCUUCUCCUCUCUCCUUUUUUUCUCCCUUUAUCGUCUCAAAAGUCUCAACCACCCAUUGGAAUUCUCGUUCAUCUUCAAUCUCGCCACUCUCACUUCCAUAAUUCCCUCUCCUUUUCCUCUCCUCACAAAUAAUGCACCAAAUACCCUCAUUCUUCUCAACUCUUCAUUCUCAUCAUGGCCAACCUCACUCCAAUCCUAAAGUGCAUGUGCACAAUAACACUCUUUCUCCUCUCCUACACACUUUCUUCUUCUUCUUCUUCUUUUCCUUCUUCUUCCUCACGCUACUCCACCCUACCAGAGACCCACCACCACCGAAACCCUUCUCCAACAACCAUCACCCCUCCACAACACUACCAAAUCUUCUACCUCAAGAACACUCCCUCCACCACCCCUUUCACCAAACAAGAACGCUCCAAGAAGAGAAGAACAAGGAGAAACAGGAACAUGAUGAGGCACAGAAACAAGAUGGUGGCCAAGAACAUGCACCACUCACGUGACUCCCGCUCUUUCUCUGUCAUGCUCCCAAAAGGUUACGUCCCUCCUUCUGGUUCCUCGCCUUGCCACAAUGAUCAACCCAAUACGGCGUUUUCCUCCUUCCACUGCCAUCUCAGUACCACCGCACAACCUUGAUGAGAUCAAAGCUCCAAUAGAUAAUUUGCACAUUAAAAAAACCCUCACAUUUAUCUCAUAUAUACACGUGGAGCAUUCAGAUUACCAAGAUCAGGAAACGGCUACUACAGUAUAUUGAUCAUUGCUUUUGAUCCUUAAUUCUUCUUUACUCUACUCACUGUUCCUUUUUCUUGCCUUAUCUUAAUGUUGUAAUAGAAGACUAAAUAAGAAUUAACAAAAUGUAUACUGUAAUAAACCAGUGAGACUUUAUUUUUGCUUCCUGCAGUUUUCUCUUUUUUUUCCCUUUCUUGGCUACUUU